UCAAGUAGUCGAAACCGAAUUCCGUAGAAACAACUCGCACGCUCCGGUUUCGUGUUGCAACAAAAUAGGCAUUCCCAUCGCGGCAGUUAGAAUCACCGAGUGCCCAGAGUCACGUUCGUAAGCAGGCGCAGUUUACAGGCAGCAGAAAAAUCGAUUGAACAGAAAUGGCUGGCGGUAAAGCAGGCAAGGAUUCGGGCAAGGCCAAGGCGAAGGCGGUAUCGCGUUCCGCGCGCGCGGGUCUUCAGUUCCCCGUGGGUCGCAUCCAUCGUCAUCUCAAGAGCCGCACUACGUCACAUGGACGCGUCGGAGCCACUGCAGCCGUGUACUCCGCUGCCAUAUUGGAAUACCUGACCGCCGAGGUCCUGGAGUUGGCAGGCAACGCAUCGAAGGACUUGAAAGUGAAACGUAUCACUCCUCGCCACUUACAGCUCGCCAUUCGCGGAGACGAGGAGCUGGACAGCCUGAUCAAGGCAACCAUCGCUGGUGGCGGUGUCAUUCCGCACAUACACAAGUCGCUGAUCGGCAAAAAGGAGGAAACGGUGCAGGAUCCGCAGCGGAAGGGCAACGUCAUUCUGUCGCAGGCCUACUAAGCCAGUCGGCAAUCGGACGCCUUCGAAACAUGCAACACUAAUGUUUAAUUCAGAUUUCAGCAGAGACAAGCUAAAACACCGACGAGUUGUAAUCAUUUCUCAUCUCCCCAACACUCACAUACAUACAAACAAAAAAUACAAACACACAAAACGUAUUUACCCGCACGCAUCCUUGGCGAGGUUGAGUAUGAAACAAAAACAAAACUUAAUUUAGAGCAAAGUAAUUACACGAAUAAAUUUAAUAAAAAAAACUAUAAUAAAAACGCCAAUCAUGUUAUUUCCAAAAAAAAAAAAAAAAAAAAAAAAAACUAGACGAGAUGUUUGCGCUUGUGUCGAUGAAUGUAAAGAAUUGCAACUACAUAGAUGGUAAUUAAUUUCAGCUGUAAGAAGUACAAGUUUUUCAUAAUUGUGAGAAAAGUGCAGUAGUAUCGCUUAAAGUUCAGUUUUAAUCAGGGCAUUUAGCAGCUCGAACCCAAUGUAUUUGUAAGCCCAAUAAACGUGUAAAUGCCUAGAGCAAAAUAUCACAACUGUAGCUUUUCAUCCGAAAGAUAAUAAUGAAUAGACUGACCUGACGUUUUU